AUGACGUUAAGACUUGCUGUGAUUGGUGCCAACGGUAAGGUUGCAACUAAAUUAAUGAAAAGAUUAGCCCAACUCAAGAAUGAGUUUGAUACCGUCGCCUUUAUCCGGAAUGAGGCUCAAGCUCCAAAGUUCACUAAGCUGGGCAUCAAGUACUCUACGGAGAUUGAUCUUACAAACACACCAGUAGAAGGGAUUACAGAGGCGUUGAGAGGGUUCGACGCAAUUGUUUUCAGUGCAGGAGCUGGUGGGAAAGGUUUGGAUCUAACAUUUUCAGUUGAUCUCGAUGGCGCCAUCAAGGUUAAGGAAUCGAUAGAGAACAACAACUCCAACCAGAGACUUAUUUUGGUCAGCGCCAUCAAGGCAAAGGAUAGAAGCUAUUGGUGGGACACAGAUCUAAGAUCCUAUUAUAUCGCUAAAAAGUAUGCCGACCAAAUCAUUGAAAGCUCAGACAUCAAUUAUACAAUUCUUCAACCUGGCUAUUUACUGGAUACUGAUGCCACAGGGAAAAUUGCAGACCCUAAGAAAGUUAACAAUUAUGCAGACACAGUGAAGGGUCAGCAUGAGAAAAUAUCCAUCCCUAGAGACGAUGUUGCGUUGACAAUCAUUGAGUCUCUGAGAAACAAAAAUACCAAUAGGAAGGUCAUUCCCUUGAUCAGCGGAGAUAUUCCAAUAUCAGAGGCAUUAAAGAAUUUAUAA